AUGGAGACCUUGACAACCUACAUCCCAUCCCAAUUCCAUCCCUUGAUGGAACACCUCGAACCACACACCCAAUGGCUCCCCAUCGCCCUCCUCACCCUCACCACAAUUUACUUCACAACAAUCUACGUGUCCCACAAACGCGAAGCCGCCGUCCCGUUCAACAUUCCCCUCCCGCCCGAGAUCCGCUCGAAUUAUGACUGGACAGGCAAGAGCUGGGGCGAUGUCACCGGUGAACAGAGACGGGUCCUUGAAGGCCAAGCCCGUGGGCAAUGGGAUAAGGAUUUGAUUAUGAGUUAUUGUCCAGCGGACGGACGGGUGCUGGGGAAUGGGAUUCGGCCUGCGACGAGGGAGGUUGUCGAACGGGCUGUUGAGGCAGCGGGGAAUGCGCAGGUUGAGUGGGCGAGGACGGGAUUUGCGGAGAGGAGGAGGGUGCUUAGGACGUUGUUGAGAUACGUGCUCGACCACCAAGAUGAUAUCGUUACCGCUUGUUGCCUCGAUUCCGGAAAGACGCGAGUUGAUGCUGCGUUUGGCGAGAUCCUGGUCACGGCUGAGAAAUUGAAAUGGACUAUCGAUCACGGCGAAAAGGCAUUGGCACCGGAAUCCAGACCGACGAAUUUCCUCAUGAUGUACAAAAAGAAUAUGGUUACGUAUGAGCCUUUGGGCGUUGUCUCGGCAUGUGUGUCAUGGAACUACCCCUUCCACAACUUCAUCGGACCUGUUAUCAGUGCGUUGUUUGCUGGAAAUGGUGUCGUGGUUAAGCCUUCUGAGCAGACGGCGUGGUGUACGGCAUACUUUUUGGAAAUGGCGCGUGGAGCACUUGCGGCGUGUGGACAUUCUCGGGAUCUCGUGCAGAGUGUUGUCUGUCUGCCUAGUGUUGCGGAUGUGUUGACUUCUCACCCUGGGAUUUCUCAUUUGACAUUCAUCGGAUCGAAGUCUGUGGCGCACAAAGUAUGCGAGUCCGCGGCCAAGUCAUUGACACCUGUGUGCGUGGAACUCGGUGGUAAAGACCCUGCUGUUAUCUUGGAUGAUUCGAGAACCGUGAGUGAAGCAUCGUCUAUUGCAUCUGUUCUUAUGAGAGGUGUCUUUCAAUCCGCCGGCCAGAAUUGCAUCGGCGUCGAACGAGUGAUCGCCCUCCCAGGCAUCUACGACAAACUCCUCGACAUCCUCACCCCCCGCAUCAAAGCUCUCCGCCUAGGCUCCGUCCUUGUCGACUCCUCCUCCAAGACACCCUCCACCCCCGACGUCGGCGCCAUGAUCUCCCCCGCCUCCUUUGACCGUCUCGAAUCUCUGAUCGAAGACGCAGUCCAGCACGGCGCGCGCCUGAUCUGCGGCGGAAAACGCUUCUCCCACCCCACCCACGCCUACGGCCACUACUUCACACCCACCCUCCUCGCGGACGUUACCCCAGAAAUGCGCAUCGCGCAAAUCGAACUCUUCGCCCCAGUUUUCGUCCUCAUGCGCGCAGACUCCGUCCCCCACGCUAUCUCCAUCGCAAACUCAACGAUCUACGGCCUGGGCGCGAGUGUCUUCGGCUACAACAUCCCCGACGUGAACAAGUGCGUGUCCCAGAUAAAAUCCGGCAUGACCUCCGUCAACGACUUCGGCAGCUAUUACGCCGUGCAACUCCCCUUCGGCGGCAUCAAGGGUUCCGGGUAUGGCCGCUUCGCUGGUGAAGAAGGACUAAGGGGGAUUUGCAAUGUGAAAUCUAUCUGCGUGGACCGGUUUCCGAAGCUCAUGGCUACGAGGAUCCCGCCGAGAGUGGAUUAUCCGAUUCAGAAGGGUGACAGCGUUAAGCAGAAUGGGACUGGGGCGUGGGAGAUGUGUAAGGGGGUUGUUGAGACGGGGUAUGAGAUUGGGAUUGGGGGGAGGGUUAGGGGAAUUGUUAGGUUGUUGGGGAAUAUGUAA